GAAUGAGCAAGAGAGGCGGAGAGGAAGCAGAGCUCCAUCAGAUGAAAUGAGGUGAAAGUAAUUCAGGCAUUAAUCAAGCCAGGGCAAAAGGGAGGGUAUACUGUGUUUUCUCCCCCCUCUUUCGCUGCGGAACUGAAAGGCAAGGUGUGAAUGAAGGAGCCUACAGUGGCCAGCAGAGAAGCACCACUGGGUCACAGCGUCAAAUCAUGUCCGAUUCGAACACCAUUGCCGCUUCCACUGCAGACCAGAACGGAGCUGUUCCAGGCGAGCCAGUGACGAAGGAUGAAAACUCCCGGAGAGGGAAUUGGGGCAACCAGAUUGAGUUUGUCCUCACCAGCGUGGGCUAUGCUGUGGGCCUGGGCAAUGUCUGGAGGUUUCCCUACCUCUGCUACAGAAAUGGAGGAGGUGCCUUCAUGUUACCAUACUUCAUCAUGCUGGUGUUUUGCGGUAUUCCCCUCUUCUUUCUUGAGUUGUCCUUCGGUCAGUUUGCCAGCCAGGGGUGUCUGGGAGUGUGGAAGAUCAGCCCUAUGUUCAAAGGUGUGGGCUAUGGCAUGAUGGUGGUGUCCACCUACAUUGGGAUCUAUUACAACGUGGUCAUUUGCAUUGCCUUCUACUACUUUUUCAUGUCCAUGACAAACUUGCUGCCAUGGACCUACUGCAACAACCCCUGGAACACACCGGACUGCAGUGGGGUGCUGGGCAGCAGCCACCAGCUCAACGCCAGCCUGGCUAAUGCUACCACAAGCCUGGUAGCAGGGGUGUCCGAGGCAGUCAACCGCACCAAGAGGACCAGUCCCAGUGAGGAGUACUGGAAACAUUAUGUGUUGAACAUCUCUGAUGAUAUUGGGAACUUUGGAGAGGUCCGUCUCCCUAUCUUGGGCUGCCUGGCUGUAUCCUGGAUUGUCGUCUUCCUCUGUCUGAUCAGGGGGGUUAAAUCCUCUGGAAAGGUGGUGUACUUCACAGCCACGUUCCCUUAUGUUGUUUUGACCAUCUUGUUCAUUCGUGGCAUCACCCUGGAUGGAGCUAUUAAUGGCAUCAAGUACUACCUGACUCCACAGUGGCAGAAGGUCCUUGACGCAAAGGUGUGGGGAGAUGCAGCAUCACAGAUCUUCUACUCCCUGGGCUGUGCCUGGGGGGGUCUCAUUACUAUGGCUUCCUAUAACAAGUUCCACAACAACUGUUUCAGAGACAGCAUCAUCAUCAGUAUAACCAACUGUGCAACUAGCGUGUAUGCCGGCUUUGUCAUUUUCUCCAUCCUGGGCUUCAUGGCACACAACCUGAAUGUCCCUGUGUCAGAAGUGGCCGACCAUGGACCGGGCCUGGCUUUUGUGGCCUACCCAGAAGCCCUCACUCUUCUCCCCAUCUCACCACUCUGGUCACUGCUCUUCUUCUUUAUGCUCAUCCUUCUGGGACUAGGAACUCAGUUCUGUCUGCUGGAGACCCUGGUGACGGCCAUCGUCGAUGAGAUCGGUACAGACUGGAUCAUGAGGAACAAAACCAUAAUCACACUGUCAGUGGCCAUAGUUGGAUUUUUACUGGGAGUGCCACUAACGACACAGGCAGGAAUCUAUUGGUUGCUACUGAUGGACAACUAUGCUGCUAGUUUCUCUUUGGUCAUCAUCUCCUGCAUCAUGUGUAUCUGCGUCAUGUAUAUUUAUGGUCACAGGAACUACUUUAAAGAUGUUGAGAUGAUGCUGGGCUUCCCUCCUCCUCUCUUCUUCAAAGUCUGCUGGAGAUUCAUCUCCCCUCUCAUUAUCUCUUUCAUCCUGAUCUUCACAGUGAUCCAGUACAAGCCCAUCACUUACAAUGACUAUGUGUAUCCCGGCUGGUCUCUGGCUAUCGGCUUCGCCAUGGCUCUGUCCUCAGUGGUCUGCAUACCCAUCUAUGCCCUCUACAAGAUCUCAAGGUCCCCAGGAGCCACCUUCAGAGAGCGGUUGAAGAAUGCUUGCCAACCCCAUCCAAAGUGGGGCCCUGCUCUGAGGGAACACCGGACAGGCCGCUACGCCCCCAUGGCCUCGGGAGACACUGUGGAGGCUCGUCCCCUCAAGGAAAAGGAGGAGCUGAAGGAGGACCUGAAGGAGGAGCUGAAGGAGGAGGAGGAGAAGGAGAGGAAGGAUGAGAUCAGCCUUACCAUCCAGGGAAGCAACGGCUCCACCAACACACACAACAACCCCAAUCCCAGCGCAUAGACGGCACCCCGCUUUGUCAGCGCUGCCGGGCACGGCCCCACUGCACCAUUUCCUCCUUCUCUUCCUCCCUUCCCCUCCCUUCUCCAUCGUCACCCCACUUUCUCACAGUCCUCUGUGGGGGAGAUCCCAUUCAUUGGAGACCUUUACAUAUUGUAAGGGCUUAUUAUGUCUAUCCUAACCUCUUCUAUCUAUCUGUGUGUUGUCUCUAGAUAAACGAAGGAAAAAAAACACGAAAGGAAGACAAAAUUGGGUCAUCCAAAAGAUUUGCGCGUACGUUAGUGUGUUUGUGUGGGUCGGUUGUUAAUUUGUUACACAUAAUUUAAUAAUGCAGUUUAUUUUUCCUUUCCUUUUUGUAAAACUUGUAUAUGUCAUCUUCAUAUGCAGUUAGAGUUACAGUAGAUUGUGAAGCUGCAUGUGUUUGUUUUGUGCAUGCAGCAACAUAGAGACACACACUGUUCUCCUUUAUACUGUUCGCUGGGUCUGUUUUGGGAUUGGAGACUUUCUAACAGCAGUGAUUUGACAGCUGGGGACUUGUGAUGUGAUACACAGUGGUGCUGUAAUAAAGAGGAGCAGGGUGAACUGUGCCUGUACUGGCCAUUUACAGUUUGAUGAUGCUGAACGAGGGAAAUAGGCAAUUCUAUGGCCAGAAAAAGAGGCGGAUACAUUUAUUCACACUCAUACACUCACACUAUUGUACAUUAUACAGCACACAGUGACCUCAACCAUAGUUGAUCUCAGCUUAAGACUAAGCCUGUUGUUUUUUAUGCUGCUUCUUUAAAAAGUUAUACAGAGCACACAUAUUUAACAAACACCCGAGAUGGCGAAAGUGUUAACAAACACUUAGGGCUGAUCUUCUGCCGAAAUUUCUCCCAUUUUAACUUUUUCCACUAAAGCUGCUUAAACUCAGCAGAGAAAUGUCAGUGAACUUUAACGGUACUGUAGUCUCUGCCUACACAUUCACACUGGAAAAAACACAAAGAGUUUGUUUCCAGUUUUUUGACAGAAGUGAUCCCAGUGCCCAUUUCUCAGGGUCCAAGCGCAGUCAAACUUUGUGAUUUAUAUUUGUUCCUUGCCUGUGGAAACCUUGUCUCAACUAAGGUGGCCUGUUAAGAUUAUAGGGACUGAAACCACCUAACUCUCCCGCUAAAAAAAAACACCUACACACACACACACACACACACACACACACACACACACACACACACACACACACACACACACACACACACACACACAAAACAGGUGGAUGCAACUCUGUAUAUAGAAGUGCCAUCUCUUCUUAAGUCUUCCAGGCAUUCUUUACGAGUGAAGUGCAUCUUGGGAUGUGGUCUACAAAUGAGGAUCCGGGCUAGAGGAGGUAGCUAGUGAAAGGAUCAUAGGUGUGUAAUAGUCUGUGUCUCCCGUGGGUCGUAGCAAUCUGCCCCAUUAAGGCAUGUUACCAAAAACAUUACCUGAGUUACCUGAGUCCUGCACAUGUUUUUGGUAACAUAUAUACUGUAUAUCUCAGAGAGACUGGCAUGGUGUCAGUCUCUUACAGUCAGUGGAACCUUUAAUGUAUUUACAGGCAUUUAUUUUAAAGCUCUGAGCCAAGCUGUGCUGUGACAUGAUGGAGAGACAGAAAGCAGAGAGAUGCAGCUUGUAUCCAGAAGAAUACAGAAUAAAUACAAACUUUAAUGAAUUAUGUAGUUUUUAAUGUAGCUGUAUAGUAUCUGUCUCUCAGUAGAAUUCUCCUUUUUACCUCUCAUUAUUGUAAAGUAACUUAGUAAAUAAUUAUAAAGACAGCAUAUGUUUAUUUUGUACAAAAAAUAAAAACUACAGAAUCAUAAAUAACCAUGUUUACUAUUCCUCACCUGUGACUUGAUUUGUUGUUUUGUUGGAGGGUGUGAAAGGACGGAGAGGGGUCUUUUUAGCACGCAGGGUUGGGUUUUACAAAAGUGUCUGAUUGGAUAGCACCCAAGACAAUUUAGUAGUAGUGUGGUGGUCUAAAUACAGAACAAAUACAUGAAAAGAGUUUUGUUUUUUGUCAUCUAGAUGUGUUAAGAUCACAUAUUCCACGUCUUGCUUUGUUGGACACCUGCUUAGGUGGUAGUGAGGUGCGUUUAGCACAGGCAGGGAGGAUUUUUGGCAUUGCAUCAGGUCUGGUUGGAAUGUUUUUCACAUAGUAGUUUCGCUUUUUCUUUGUUUGUGAGCUGUCAAAUCAAAGCCAUUUGGAGAACUAGAGGGCUAUGAUACCAGUAUGAACAUGGAACAUAUUUACCUAAUAUACAAAGUUGUAUAUUGCAUACCAUAUAUUGUAUAUAGGAAUACUUUAAAAUGUUGGGAAAUAUUCUUAUUUACUUUCUUGCUGAGACUUAACUGAGAGGUUUGAUACCACUCUCAUGUCUGUAUGGUAAAUAUGUAGCUUGAGACAGCAUUAGCUUGGCCUGACUCUGUACAGUAAAAACAAAAUAUACCUACCAGCAGUCUCACAAAUUAACAUGGUAUAUCUUGUUUGUUUAAUAUGCACCAAAUCAGCACAUUGUAAAUUUUGACACUUAGAUUUUUGUAUGGAUUACACAAACGAGUUAUAAAAAUUUACUGAACUCUAGUGGUGUUGAUAGGUGGAUUUCUUUACCUUUGGACAGAGCCAGUCAAGCUCUUUCCCCCUGUUUCCAGUCUGCUCAGCCAGAAAGCAAAUAAGCAUUUUUCUCCAAAAUGGCUAUCUAUUCUUUUAAAAAUGUGUCCAUGCUUAUCAGACUUUUCAACAAUUUUAUAGCGAUACUGAAGCAAAACGUCAGAAUAAAUCUGCACAUUCUCUCUUUUCUUUCACCUCUAUUCCCCACAAGCAUGUCUUUAGAGGAGGAUAGUGCAGUUGCUCCAUUAAUCCACAAGAUGGGGCAAUGACACUCAGGGUAGUAAAGGCACAACAGAGGUGAACUGUGAACAAAAACAUUAAAUGUCAAGACAGGAACAAUGAGAGAGGGCAAUGCUUAGCACAGAAGCUCAAAUAUGGUGAAAUUAAUCACAAUAAGCACAGUGAGCAUUCUGAAACAAGCACAUUUCAACCCAGGUUUUUACAGGAAGGGUCUCGGAUUAUAGAUAUGUAUACUGGCUAUUCACAUAGGUGGAGAACUGUAGCUUUGGUUAGGGGUGUGUUUUGACCUUCUGGUUCUGGUUUAUUCCUAAACUAUUCACACUACACAUGAUGUAUUUUGAAGUAGCGUUUAUUUUAAUUAAAUUACUGCAAAACCAGGUGCUCUAUGAAACAAUACAUUAUCACCAUCUACUAACCUAAAUAUAUUGUGUUGCUUCCUUUGAGUAGAAAUUCCAAUAUAAGGAAUGUUACACUGUCUAAAUGAGGUUUUAGUUGCUGAAAAAAAGGCGAAUAUGUACUUAUUCUCAGUGUAUAUUGGGACAACUUGUAGCUCAGACCGUUUACUGUUUGUGAUUGCCUGUCUCGUGUGUUCAUGCUGUAGUAAGUGAAGCUUAGCCGCCAUGUUACAUGCUAUCUCUAUAUAUCCCAACCCUCACCAUCUCUGCUGCCCCCACAACUCUUCCUCCCUAUGUACAGUAAUGUAAAAACUAUAUAAUCGGACUGUGUGUAUGUCUGUGUUUUUCUUUGCUUUUAUUUUUGGGGUGGGUAAGUGUGUUUCUGCGGGUCAAGGGAGGGUGGGUAUUGUUUCAUUUCGUUUUUGAUUUGUCAUUUUACUUGUAGUGUAAUGUAGACAAUGUCAGAUGUAUUGUGUACUGUGUGUAGUGGAUUAGCUCUUACUGCUGAGCCUGCAUGUAGGCCUAGAGCAGGUGUAGUGUCAGUAUUAAUAUUAGUGUACCUCUAAUCUGUCAGAACUAGCCAAGUCCUAUUCUGCUAAUAAUACACAGUCUAAAGAUUUUUUUACUAAAAGAAGAGAAAGUAAAUUAGAUAUUUUAUCUUCAGAUUUUAAUCAUUGUUUAUCCAUGUUCAAUGACACUACUUUUUGUUUGUUUUUGAAUUUGUAUUCAUAGAAACAUUAAGAUAAAGCCAGCUAAUAUUAAAAGCAUUUCCAAACAAAAAAGCUUUGGAUCGAAACUUGAACUACAAAUGAAUGGUUCGUUUUUACAGCAAGCUCUGGUGUAGAUACAUGACGAUGCUAUUUUUAAAACAGUAUCACAAAAACUUAAAGCUAUAUCUUACACAGUGCAGUGCCAUCAGACAUUGCUGUUUACCUUUAAUAUUCUGUGGCCCUUAACCCAAACAGUCUGGCUUUUGCUGUGUAGUUUUUACAGAAUAUAAAAAAAAAAAUAGCUAAAUCAAAACAUCAAACAAACUACUCUGCAACCAAGAUAUAAUUAGCAUCGUGACCCAUUAACUCAAUUUGUAAUUCUUGUGCAGCUCUGAUGCAUAUCUGAUCUUAAUACUGCUUUAUGUGGAUAUGUUAGGCACAUAUGACAUAUAUGUAUCAGAUAAGGGUCCAAUUACUAUAAUAUUUUGAUCUUUUUGGCAAAGUUAAACUUCAAUUAUCUCACUACCAAAAGAGUAAGACCCAUUUGGCCCUCCAGAUAAGCAAAACAAAUACACACAACUGAGAAUAAUUGUCGUCACAUACUAAUACACAAUUGCCUACUAUCAUCUUACACCAAGGUGGCUGUAUAGAAAGUCACUGAUGUUGAAGAACGUGAACUACGUAAAGACCAUUUUUACACAUAAAUUCACAGCUGCUCUACUGUACUAAAAACAAAACUGUGAUGUUACCGUGUUUCUCUGUAAAUUGCAGAACAUUACCUCUUGAAUUUCUUACUACUGCUCAUAUAAACAUAAUCUUGUGUUUCAGCACUUUAAAGAAUUCACUUGUUUUUUUAAGCAACAGGAAAAAAUAUAUAAUUAGAAUGAUAAUUCACUCUUCCAUUUUGAAAAAAGAAAGCAAGUACAGUAAAUGUCUUUUUUUUCAGUCGUUUGGCUGAAUGAAACUGUCAAUGUGUCGGUGGACAAAUACUGUGUUGUUAUAAUGCCAAUGUAAAUUGUUGUCAUGGGAGGAGUGAAGAGGAAAAGCACAAGUGAGAAAAGAGAACACAGUUCUUCUGGUAUUCUCUAUCAUAUCUAUCUGUCAAUCUAUCUAACCAUGUCUGUUCUUCUUGUUCUUCAACUUUUAGGGCCAAAAUUCAUUGAAAUGUCUUAGUCCUGUCAGCUGUAUAUCGUAAACUAUUGAAUUACAAAAUGGUAAAUAAAAUAUAUUUUAAAGAUCA